AUGAAUGACUUCUGUGGUGAGGAAUUCAAUUUUUCUUUCCUUGACGAAGGCUUUACUGCAAAGGAUAUCCUAGACCAAAAAAUAAAUGAAGUUUCUUCCUCGGAUGAUAAAGAUGCAUUCUAUGUUGCUGACCUUGGGGAUGUUCUCAAAAAACAUUUGCGGUGGUACAAGGCCCUCCCUAGGGUAUCUCCUUUCUAUGCCGUCAAAUGUAAUGAUAGCAUAGCUCUAGUGAAAACUCUGGCUGCUCUUGGGGCAGGAUUUGAUUGUGCCAGUAAAACUGAAAUACAGCUGGUCCAGAGUGUUGGUGUGCCUCCAGAGCGUAUAAUAUAUGCAAAUCCAUGCAAGCAAGUCUCUCAAAUUAAGCAUGCUGCAAACAAUGGUGUGCAGAUGAUGACAUUUGAUAGUGAAGUUGAGCUGAUGAAAGUUGCAAGAGCCCACCCAAAAGCAAAGCUGGUCUUGCGCAUUGCAACAGAUGAUUCAAAGGCUGUUUGUCGCCUAAGUGUUAAGUUUGGAGCUACACUAAAAACCAGCAGGUUGCUCCUUGAACGAGCAAAAGAACUUGAUAUCGACAUAAUUGGAGUGAGUUUCCAUGUUGGAAGUGGCUGUACAGAUCCUGAGACGUUUGUGCAAGCUAUUUCUGAUGCCCGUUGUGUCUUUGAUAUGGGAGUUGAGCUUGGUUUCAACAUGUACCUGCUUGACAUUGGUGGUGGUUUUCCUGGCUCUGAAGAUGUGAAACUUAAGUUUGAAGAGAUAACUAAUGUAAUCAAUCCUGCCUUGGACAAGUAUUUUCCUUCUGAUUCUGGAGUGAGAAUUAUUGCAGAGCCUGGCAGAUACUAUGUUGCAUCAGCUUUUACACUUGCUGUUAAUAUCAUUGCAAAGAAAGUAGUAAUAAAAGAACACACUGGAUCAGAUGAUGAAGAAGAAGCAAAUGACAAAACUCUUAUGUACUAUGUAAAUGAUGGGGUUUAUGGCUCUUUUAACUGCAUCCUGUAUGAUCAUGCACAUGUCAAACCAGUUUUGCAAAAGAGACCUAAGCCAGAUGAGAGGUACUAUUCCUGCAGCAUAUGGGGACCAACCUGUGAUGGCCUAGAUCGCAUUGUUGAGCGCUGUGGCUUGCCAGAGUUGCAGGUUGGGGACUGGAUGUUGUUUGAAAACAUGGGUGCCUACACAGUGGCAGCUGCUUCUACUUUCAAUGGAUUCCAGAGGCCAACAAUACACUAUGUAAUGUCAAGACCAGCAUGGCAAUUGAUGCAGCGGAUAAAGGAGCAAGGUUUUCAAGCUGAAGUGGAAGAGCAAGAUGUCACUUUGCCACUCUCAUGUGCCUGGGAAAGUGGGAUUGAACACUAUCCAGCAGCUUGUGCUUCAGCUAGCAUUAAUGUAUAGAUACAGUUUUGGCUAACAUGCAAGUUUAGGAAUGGAUUUUUAGGGCUUUUGGGACCAUUAACUUAAUUCUUGCUAGAAUUUUAAAAUGUUUUUGAAUGGCUAGGGUGGCGUAAAUGUAACUUGAAUAGACAACUAGGAGACGGGGAGGUCACAUUUAUCUGUGUUCCUAUGGAAACUAUUUGAAUAUUGUUUUAUAUGGAUUUUUAUUCACUUCUCAAGUAUACUACUAAAACUGAUCCUUUCUGCCUGUCAAGCAUUGUAGCUUGCAUAUCUGGCAGAAUGGUCUGGACGUAGUAUUGUGACCUGACUGUUUUACAAUAAAGUCUAUUGAAAUAA